GGUCGUCCUUCUCCCUCACACUCAGCAGACUUACCGGAGCAAAUAAGUUUGCAAAGUGCGACAAGAGUUUCUUCCUUAGAGGGAAAACUCCGGACAAACGCUUCUAACCUGCGGAAAGGGGGAACCGGACAGAGACUCGACCCUGGUGGGGCACCUGAUCCAGGGAGAGGGAUUUAUUUUCCUUCUACAUUCCUGAUGGAGUCCUACAGAGCGACUAGCAGCGGGUCGCAGCGCGGAUACACGCAGCCAUCCCGUAUUUCCAGGCCCAGUAGUAAUGGAGCCGGCUCUUAUGGCCUCAGCAUUCGUGUCCAGGGUAUAGAUGGACAUCCCUAUGUGGUGCUGAACAACCAGGACAGGGGUCACCACCCUGACGGCAACGGCUACCCAGACACAGAAGGCUCUUUUAUUGAGAACUUCCAGGAGUAUGAUUUCAGAGGGGAUAAGAAAGCUGGAUCCAGCGACCCCUUCAUGGAGUACAGGACACAGAAGAUGAGGCAUUUCUCCGGGCCUCAGAAUGGGCUUCCUGAAUCUCAGGCAAAGAAACCUUCCACACUUCUGAACUUUCAGAGGCACCCCGAGCUCCUGCAGCCGUACGAUCCCCGGUCCAACUCCCUAAACCUCGAAGGCUUCCACAGCCUCCCGUCCAGGCCUGCGCCACAAGCCGACACCAGGAUAGAAUACCAGAACCCCUACCCCAAAUCUGAAGUACGAGUUCCCUCCCGUUUCAGGUCCUCAAGCCUUGAUCGUCACCUAGAUCGCACACAGGAGGAGAACAGGCAGCCUCCUCAAACGGACCUCAACACCCCCCAAACGAAGUCUCCGUCAUUACCUUCAGCCCAGGUGCCUCAGCCUCAAAGCAGAGCGCCGACCCAGCCAGCACAGCCGGCCCAGCCUCAGAUUAAACCGUACCUCACCAGUCUGAAUCCAUCUCAGCCCAAACCGACCUCUAAAACUCCCCCAGUACCGGCAGCGCAGCCUCAGCCUUCUCCGGUGUCAAGUCCAUCAAGCGACCAGAGGAAAGCGUCUCCUACUUCCACUCGCAGUGCCAGCUCCAGUCUGGAGCGCACCCACCACGACCCCGACGUCCUUCCCCUACUCCGGACCGACUCCGGCGAGCCCGCUCAGUCCUCCUCCCGGUCCUGCCACUCCUCCUUAUCGUCCACCAGUAAGUCUCUGAUAGACGAACAGAUGGAGGCUCUUUACACGGACGCCAUAAACCGCCACGAGAAUCGCCGUUACAUCCCCUUCCAGCCCGGUUCAGGCAGAGACAUAGACACAGGGUCCAUCCCUGGCGUUGAUGAGCUAAUUGAGAAGUUUGAUGGCAAGGAUGACGGCCUUCAGCGGAGGGGCAGGGCGGGGCGCAGAAACAGGAUCAACCCGGAGGACAGGAAGCGAUCGCGCAGCGUGGACAGCGCCUUUGGGUCAAGGUCUGACUCUAGCUUCAUGGACGAGUUUGGUCAAUCUCUAGGCACGUCAAAGGAGCGCGUCCUACGGCCAUCGCAGCUGCGGCUGCAGAGGACGGCCAGCGGUCAGGACCCCGGGUCUACGGCUGUAGACGGGCCUUCAUCCCGGGCCAUUAGUGCGCCAGGAUCACCCCAGAGCUCCAUCUCCAAAUACACUAGCUCCCUCCGGGGUUACACAAAGCUGCAGUCACGCCCCGCCAUACCGUCCUUCAAGAGCAGUGAAGAAACUCCUUCUUCUGUCGGAAAAGUCUCAACAACGUCCCUGUCCAAACUCCCGCCCACCGCUGACAGUAAGACCAGCACCGGGGCAGACGUCCAGGCCACGCCAGAUCUCCUGAAAGGUCAGCAGGAGCUUUCACAACAAACACACGAGGAGACGGCCAAACAGAUUUUGUUCAGCUACCUCAAAGAAGGAAGCAACGAUAAUGACGACGUGACGAAUAGGAAGGUGAACUUGGUUUUUGAGAAAAUACAGACGCUGAAGUCUAGGGCCACAGCCAGCGCACAAGGCGACAACAAAUCGGUGGACCUGGCUGCACAGACCAAAGCUCUGCAGGAGCAAAACGCUGAACUGGAAAAAGAGAUUAUUGAGCUGAAGAGACAGCUGGAGGAACAAAUGAAGCGGACGAGUCAGGCGGACAGGCGGGCGGCGGCGGGCCUGAAGGAGCUGCAGCAGGAGCUGCAGCGGAGUCUGGAUGAGUGCAGGCAGCUGAAGGAGAAACUGGCUAAAACCGAGGCUGAGCUCAACUCCUCGGUGGAAGAGCUUUUCCAGGUGAAGAUGGAGCGGGAGCAGCACCAGACGGAGAUCAGGGACCUUCAGGACCAGCUGUCAGAGAUGCACGAUGAGCUGGACGCCGCCAAGAGGGCCGCCGCUGACGGAGAGAAAGACGUCCUCAUGGCGGACAUGAUGCAGCUGAAGGUGGAGAUGCAGGAAGUGGUCAUGGCCAAAGAGGAGCAGGAAGAACUGUUGAGGAGGCGAGAAAGGGAGCUGGCAGCCCUCAAAGGAGCUUUGAAGGACGAAGUGGCUGCUCAUGAUCAGGAGGUGGACAAGAUGAAGGAGCAGUACGAGAAGGAAAUAAGCAGGCUGCAGAUGUCUUUGGAGGAGGCCAAGCAGAACAGCGCAGCAGUGGUCCGAGAGAAGGCUGAAGUGGAGGCAGCCAAAGGACAAGCGGAGGGCCAAGCCGGGCGACUCAACCAGGAGAUCGAGCGACUGCGCAGGCGGACGAAUGAGCUGGAAAAUGAGGUGGCUAAACUCAACAGGAUUAUCGACGAGGCCAAGCUGCUGGAGAGCAGACUGGGAGACAAAGCUGGCCGCCUAGAGAGAGAGAAAAGGCAGUUGGAAGAGUCUCUGGCUGAGAUCAGGGAGCAGGAGGAGGAGAUGUCUCGCGCUAACCGAAUGUUGAACAUCCGACUGGAAGAUGUGCAGAAGAACCUGGCCAAACUAGACUUUGAGAACAAGGAGCUGGAGGACAGGCUACAGGAGGAAAAGUCUCAGAAGGAGCAAUUUAAAAACAUGAAGAACAACAUUGAAGAUGAGAGACGUCUGCUGGACCGGACGGUGGAAAAACUGCAGAGGGAGAUGAGCGAUAUCGUGGAGGCGUCUCAGUCGUCCACUCGCGAGCUGCAGGAGCAGAUCGAUAUUUAUAAGGAGAAGAACCGGCGGGAGCUGGCAGAGCUGCAGCGGCUCCUAAAGGAGAAAGGACAGGAGCUGGAGAAGUUGGUGCUGACCACCAGAACUCUGCAAGAGGAGUUGUCGCUGCGGGAGGACGAGCUGCGACGUUGUAAGGCGGAAAGAGACGAAGCUGUUCUCAAGGAACAGACGCUGGAGAAAAACCUUCAUGAUCUGGAGAUGGAGGCUGAGAAAAACAAGCAGACCAAGGAUGACAAAUCCAGACAGAUGAAACUGAUGGAGAACAGGAUGGCUCAGCUGGAGCUGGACCUGGAGGAGGAGCGUCAAAGUGGAGACCAGCUGAUGGACAGGAUAGACCGAGGAAGAGAGCAGGUGGAGCAGAUGAGGAAUGAACUCCUGCAGGAGAGGUCUAGCAGACAGGACCUGGAGUGUGACAAGUUGGCUCUGGAGAGACAGAAUAAAGAUCUGAAGUCCAGAGUGGCUCAUCUCGAAGGCUCUCACCAGUCCAACAAGGGCAGCUUGGUGAACGAGCUGGAGGCUCGAGUGCAAGAGCUGGAGGAGAAGCUGGAGGAAGAGGAGCGGGAGAAGUCCAACCUGUCGCUGGCCAACCGCAGGCUGGAGAGGAGAGUGAAAGAGAUGAUGAUGCAAAUCGAAGAGGAACAUCACACGAUGCAAGAUCAGAAGGACCAACUGAAUCUGCGUCUGAAGGCUUUGAAGCGGCAGAUGGAUGAGGCGGAGGAGGCGAUCGACCGGCUGGAGCACAACAAGAAGAAGCUGCACAGAGAGCUGGACGAGCAACAGGAAGCCAACGAGCAACUCAACAGUCAACUCAAAGCUCUGCGCAGCGAGAUCAGACGCAAGAACACGUCGGCCCCUUUGCUCAACAACUUGGACGACGACGACGACGACGACGACGUCAGCACCGACGGAGAGAUGUACUUCAGCUCGUCGGGGUACAAGCGCUCCUCCAGUCAGGAAAACAGCUUGUCAGGCUUCGGCGUAUGAGCGGAAAUGCUUUUUAAAUGUGCCACUAAUGAACCAAACAGCAGGAUGUUCGUUUUCUGCCUGUUGAUGUCACACUGAAUUAUCCGUGUAAAUACUGGGCCUUUUUGUUUUUACCUGCCUGUCAGCAGCGGCCGCAGCCUCCAGGACUUUGAUGCUGGGCGCCAUCCUGAUGUCUGUAAACUCACUCAGUGUUAUUCGAGCAGCUCUCUGAAGGAUGACAUUUAAUUUGAAGAAAUGAAACGUGUAAAUAAUUUACAUUCCCUCCUGAAUGUUUCUUUGCUUAUUGUUGAUCAUCUCACCAGUGGUAAACUUGAAAACCAGCUACUAUAACCCAAACAACCAGUACUGCCUUUAUCAGCAACCUUUUAUAUUCUCUUUUCUACCAACCAGGUAUAUGAAAUAUACAAACCUUUCCUUUUUUUAAUGAAUAUAAACCUAAUAUGAAGUGAAUUUUGCCACGACGCUUCUUUAAUUUAUUCAUUCUUGGCUUAUUGAGGGUUGGUUUUGGGGAAAUAAGGGACUUUUCACGCAUCUUUUUUUACAGUGUUGUAUCUUUUCAUGACCAAUUUUGUAACACAAUUGCUUUCAUUUAUAUGUCAUUAACACUUCCUGUGUUAUUAAUUAAUCGGCUUUUGUAUAAUAAUCACAGUAUUGUUUAUAAGCCUUCUGGAAAAGUCAGUUUUUAUACUAAAUGAGAUAUUAUUGGUUACAUCUGUACAAACCUAUCUUCGAAUUAAUUUCCGCUUCCUGUCAGAUCCGAGUAUUGGCGCUGAUCAGUGAGACUUUUUUAAAUUCUCCUUUGUACCUGGAUGAGUGAGUUUCUUCAGACGUGACGAACUGACAAUCAAAUGUUUUUCUACACUGUGAUGAUUUGCACUCUGUUUGCUGAAAAUGCUGAUUUCUGACGCCUGUGGAGGGAAGCAGAUUCCUGCCGCUACCUCUCUGUGCGCAACUGUAUGUUCAGAAGUCCUGCUGCGACAAAAUAAAAAUUACUUUCUGCUCCUUAA